CUCUCUCUCUCUACUGCCGCGGAUGAUGGCCUGUCCCAAACACAAGACAAAAACAAAUUUCGUGUGCUCUGUUAGCGACGCCUGAUCCGUUCAUCCCUCCGCUGGCUGUUCAACCGCAGACAAAGAUGGUUUCUCCGGUCACUGUGGUCAAGAGCGAGGGUCCAAAGCUUGUUCCGUUCUUCAAAGCCACUUGUGUCUAUUUUGUUCUGUGGCUACCCACCUCAAGCCCUUCCUGGUUCAGUGCCCUCAUCAAAUGUCUGCCCAUCUUCUGUCUCUGGGUUUUUCUGCUCGCCCAUGGCAUCAACUUUUUAGGGGCCCACUCCAGUGCCAGGAAAAUCCUGGCAGGACUUAUUUUUUCAGCUUUGGGUGACGCAUUUCUCAUCUGGCAAGAACAAGGCUACUUUAGUCAUGGACUGUUUAUGUUCGCCAUCACCCACAUUCUCUACUCUUCGGCCUUUGGGAUGAAGCCCCUCAACCUGAGAGCAGGCCUGAUCAUCGCUGUCAUCUCAGGCUUCAGCUACACCCUACUGUACCCCUACCUCUCUGGUCCCUUCACCUACCUGGUGGCUGUUUACAUUGCUCUCAUUGGCUUCAUGGGCUGGAGGGCCAUUGCUGGAGUCCAGCUCGCCAAUGACCUCUGGACCUGGACGAAACUAUCUGCCUGCCUCGGAGCCGUCCUCUUCAUGGUGUCUGACCUCACCAUUGCUGUCAACAAGUUCUGCUUCCCAGUGCCCCACUCUCGAGCGAUCAUAAUGGCCACCUACUAUGCUGCCCAGAUGUUGAUUGCAUUGUCGGCUGUGGAAUGUCAAGACGCCGAUGCAGCUCGGAAAAGAGCCUGAGGAGCCGCAUGUUAACCAACCUUCCCCUAAUGACUCAACAUUGUUAGCAGCUACACAGGUUCAAGUUCCACUUUCUGCAACCCCUGGUCCAUCCACAGUUCCCCUGUCUGACCGUAGCCGGGAAAUUUUGGUUAUAGUUGAGGAAUUGACAGUUUAAGAUCACGUGAGACCAAAACAAUGGGAGAAUUCUUGCUGGAUUCAUGUACAAGGUUAGAUAGUCUUGAACUCUUAGUCAGGUUGACUCUUGACUUAGUCAGGUCUCUUCCCAUAAUAACUAUACUGCAUUUGUGUUUCCUCUAGUAGUAGUACCAUCAUUUUGGUAUUGAGAAAGGAAAGACAGGUGAGUUUGGCCUUCUGGUUACUCGAUCCAAAUAUUCAGAUUUUCCCAACUCACCCUACUUACUUUCCCAUUAAGUGUUGUCUCCAUUUCGACAGAGACUAGCCCAGGGUCCUCUCAAUGGCUUUGAUAUCUUGUCCACUUUAGAGAGUCCCUAAUGGCUUAUAUUGUGAACCAAGAGUGAGUCUUGAGUGACAUAGUGUUUGUCUCUAUAAUGGACUAGCACACAAUACAAAGUGGUUCAGGCUCUUCUGAGGAGUCUGGUUUCCCCGUCUCACUGUAGAUUUCCAAAAUCUAAUCAGAGAGCAGCAUGAAAACCAUUUAAUACUAUAGCAGAUAUGUUAGUGUAGUGCUGCUGUAUAGCCUUGUCAUAGCAUUGUGAGGUAUACCUUAUCCUGUGUGACUGACACAUUGCACCGUCAUUUUGUUUCAUAACUCAAGUUAGUAUACAAACCUCCAUGCCUACAUACACAUGUGCUGGAGAAGUUGUCUUGUCAUGCCCAAUUGACUGCAACCAGUGCUAGCCUCCAGAGAGUAGAUGAAGCCCGUAUCCUAUACUUCGUUCUGAGACGUGACCAAUAACAAUUGGAAACUCAGCUCGAGACUCAUAAAAAUGGGUGUAGGUCUCUUUCUUUGAGGGGAUUAGGUGACCGAGUGUUAUCUUUGUUUUAGGAUUCUGCCAAGUCAUCAGCAUUGCUCAGUACCUCUACCACAAGGAAACAGCAAAUAAGUACAAGUUGAAAUAUUUAUUUUGUCUGUGUAAUAUAAGAAUAUGUAAAGAGAGCCUGAUGUCAGACGAUACACAAUCUUCCAACCACUUUCCUUUGUCUAUAGCCAGUAAGAAACAUUUUACUCAAGGGAAAGUUGGAAGCCCUGUGGUGGCAUCUGUGUCGUCAGCUUUAGCUUAGCCUGUAUUUAGCCUGAUUUUUUUUUUUCUCUCUUCUCAUUCACGUCUAUUCCUUCACCUGAAAAUGUGUGAAUAUUUCACAGCAUGAUUGAGUGGAAAUUUCACAGCGUAUGGAUAUUUCACAGUACUGUGUUUUUUGUGUGUGGUACUGUGCUUUAUUAGCCGAGUCACAUAUUAGGGUGAAUCACAACAUAUAUUUUUGAAGCAAUAUUUCACUACAAAAUACAAAAAGUAAUUAUUUUGCAUAAAGAAAAUGGCUAUUUUAGUGUAAUUUUUGUUUUACUUAACAGACAUUCUACUUUUGUUGUGAUGAGAUUUUUAUCUCCGUAUGGUGCAACAAAUACUAAAUUGAUAAGUAAUAUACAAUUUAAAUAUAUAAUUGUUUUCACAUUAUGUUGAUGUUAAUUAAUCCAGAAUUAAUUAAUAAGGACUUAAUUAACAUUUUAAAUAUCAAUAUCAAAGCUAAUAAAAAAAACUGUGCUGAACUAGGCUUAGUUUUGUUUAUGCAAAAUAUCCAUCUUUAUUUUCUUUGAAUUUUGGGGUGAAAUAUGACCAGGACAUUUUCUUGACAUGCUUGACAUGAGAUUUAACACAAACACCACAUGUACUGUAUUUAUUAUCAGUUGAUUUGAACUGAUAGUUGUUGUUUUUUAGAUAUAAAUCUCAAUAAGGGAUCAUCAGCUGAACCAUCAGUCAUGGAAAAAAAACCCGGCUUGGGCUGAUAUGUGCUCAGCUGUUGUAUCCUCAGGUGUGAGUGGAAAUGAGCUUUAAAUGCAAACACAGCUGAUUACUCAACAGUGGUCCAUUUUGAAGUGAUACAGCCUGGUCGUGAUGCAAUAUCCAAUGGUGGAAUGGAUGUAGACUCCAUUUUUCUUGUUAUUAAUGUGAAUGAAAAUGUUGCUGUACUCUGGGGUACACUCUUGGGCAAGUUAAGUUUUUUCAUUCAAAGACUUGAACUUCAAAGACUUGUUCAUUCACAUCAAUAUAAAUAGGAUGUCUACCCAACCAUUGGCCAUUGCAUCAAGCAUACUGUUACACACAUAAAUGCUAUUGUCGUUAUCAACACACAAAUAGCUGAACCGCUGAGGUCGCGACAAACAGCGAGGCUAUUUUGACACAUUUGCGUAUUGCCAAGUUUCAUAGCUUCCCUAUUCAGUGUUCACAUUGUCAGCAAAAUAUUUCAGCUUAGUCGACAAACCGUAUGUGAUUUGCAAGGUCAUCAAACAAGGUCUCUUCAGAGCCAUUGUGUGUCAAGCUACAAAUCGGUGUUGUGUUGUGAAGGUCUGCGGCGGAAUGACAUUUUGAGUGAAGUUACAAUUGUUCGUUUAUUGGUUUUCAUGAAAAUAAGAGUGAGAAAUACCCAUAGUGUUCCUCUGAAUCACAUUUUUUUGGGUGAUUUUUAGCGAUUCAGUAAUUCUUUUUAAGUGAUGGCAGUUUAAGACAGUAUUCCUGCUUAGCAUUUCUUUUUCUUCCUAGUUUACAACCUGCUGUCACCUCCCAUAUGGUUAGAAUUUGACCUCGCCUGGUCGUUUCCUUCACUACUGUGUUGAUGCGAAUUCCAUGAAGGAGAACAGGUGCCUUCUGUUUCCAUCGAUGAAAUUCUGUCUGUCGAGAAGUGUGGAGACAGGCACAGGCACAGGGAAGAUUUCCUUUCCAUCUGGCUUUGCUUUAUCUCGCGACCUUAUUCAGAUUUCAAUAAACGGGAUAGUUUUACCCCAUCUGUCAGCGCAUGUUUGAUGCUUUUGUGUCGAGUUGAGGGGGAAUGAAACCCAAUGCUUGGAGUUUAGUGGGUUCAGUAUUAAUGAAAGUUUUUAGGUAUAGAAGUCCUGUUGUUAAAGAUAAUGAGGAAUAACCCAAUUGGUUUAGAGAUUUAAAUAUCUGCACUUUUCCAAUUUAUCUCUUUAUUAACUUCCUGAAAUUUCAGGUUUUUGGGCAUUAGGCCUGAAACAUAUUGUAUGCAAUUUCCAAAACCCGAUAUUGUGCAUAACUGCAUUCCCAAAUGUCAGUCUACAAUUCAUAAAGUGAUGCAAGCAAUAAGCUAUUUUUCCUUUCACAUUAAAGGGUUACCCCACCCCAAAAUGAAAAUGUUGUCAUUAAUCACUUACCCCCAUGUAAUUUCAAACCGGUAAAAGCUUUGUUCGUCUUCGGAACACCAUUUUAAGAUAUUUUGAAAGAAAACCGGGAGGCUUGUGACUGUCCCAUUGACUGCCAAGUAAAUAACAGUGUCAAGGUCCAGAAAAGUAUGAAAAGCAUCAUCAGAAUUUUAUUUUUGUUUUCUUCACAUAAUAAAGUAUUCUCGUCGCUUCAUAAAGUUACAGUUGAACCACUGAUGGCAGAUGGACUAUUCUGAUGAUGCUUUUCAUACUUUUCUGGACUUUGACAGUGUUAUUUAUUUGGCAGUCAAUGGGACAGUCACAAGCCUCCCGGUUUUCAUCCAAAAUAUCUUAAAUUGUGUUCUAAAGACAAACACAAUUGACCAACGACAUGGGGGUAAGGGAUUAAUGAAAAAAAAAAAUCAUUUUGGGGUGGAGUAUCCCUUUAACCACUGUUAUGGAAGAGCUACAGUUUAAAGAGCAUCGUAAUUAGGAAAUGAAAUUAAUGACGUUUAUAGCUAGCUACCUGAAUAUAGGCUGUUCACACUAAGAACGAUAACUGUAAAGGUAACGCUGACUAUAUUAGUGUCCGCACCAACGGACGUUAAAACAUUCAGUUUAUUAUAAACUAACGCUGCAGUUUUGUCACCUGCUGCUUUAAAUACUCUUCUUAAGCUCUUUACAAUAAAAUAAAUUCUGGUGAUGUUUUUAUCAUUCUUCAGGUGGAAUUUUUUUUUUUUUUUAAGUGAUUCCAACGAUAUCUUUCCACUGUGAUGUGGACUUCGUAACUGCCAUAGAAUUAGAUUUUUUUUUUUUUUUUUUUUACUGCCAUAGAAUUAGAAAAUAUUUUUGUCACAGUUAAGGCCCAUUCAAAACAAGAAUGUGAACUUAAAAGUUAACUGUUACGAUAAUUAGCUUCCACACCAUUGGACGAUAACGUUCCUUUUAUUAUAAGUGCAGACUGCAGUUUUGUCGCCUGCCACUUUGCUCGAGCUCUUAAAUGAAAAAAAAUAGUUAAAUGGAUUCUGAUUGGUUGUCACUGUUUUUAUUGUUCAUCACUUGAAAAAAAAAAACAUUUCUGAAAGUGAUUCCAUUGAAAGCCAUUCUUCUGUGCCAUAUAGCAUUUCAAAUGAUUAUUUAAGCUUUAUAGUUAGUUAUCGUCCCUUGUGUGAACGGCCCUGAGGAACGCUGUACCCCUUUUUUUUUCUUGCCUUAAAGUGCAAUACAGUUUCGCAACCUGUGGAAAAAGUUCUCAAUGAUUUUGAGUUUUCAAUCUUCUGUCCUAUUUCAAUUCAAACUUCUUUUUGCGUCACAAUAAUGGGCACCUUUAAAUGCACUUUGCAAGAGAGGUUAGCAUACUUCUUUUUUUUUUUUUUUGCAUACUCCAAGAUUGUUGCCAUCUUAUUUUACUAAAUGAUUUGUUCCUAAAUCUAGUGAGCUACCAUGCCGUCUUCUAAUUUAGCAGCUGCCUUCUAAUGUAAGAUCAAGCAUCAGUGGCAGGAGACUACAUGUUGCUAAGCUAACACAAUACCAUGCCACUACUCUCACAAUAGACCAGUUUAUUUUGCUUGAACUCGUGUUUAUUGAUGUGUUUUCAGUAUUGAGUGAAAUUUUCAUAUUUAACAUUUCUUUCGACUUGUCCUCCAUCUUGGAUUGAUUUUUUUCACACAGUGCAUUCUGGGAUUGUCUUCUCUGUGAAAGAUACUUGCAGUGCUGGUUUAAAGUUUGGCUUGGUUGUCAUCCUUCACAACAGGCAUCUGUAAUGCCUUGAAAUGCUGUCUAGGUAGGAAGGUGAUUGGUUUUGCUUUAGCGCACCAUUUUUCUAACGUUUGCUGCAAACAUUACGCACAAUCACAACUUUACCACAUUUGUUCUAUAUUAUUCUGUAUCACCUCUGCCUUUAAAAGGGUAGUUGCUGUUACUAACAUCAAAUAUAAUCUGGGUCGGUUCCAUCUUAAGAGAGGUUUAUAUGAUACCAUUAUAGUUACAUUAGUAUUCACCAUAGUUGACUUUAACUGCUGUCCAGUAAUAAUAGCAAAUAUUGUGUAUUCAUAUGUUGGAAAUCACAUUUCACCACUAGUUUCAUUGAUGGACCAACAUUGCUAUAAAGUUCUUAGGAAUCGAAUAUACUUAACAUUUAUCACUAUGCUGUACAUAAAACUAAGGCAGUGACAAUACUCUGGUAGUAAAGUUUUGAUUACAAUCUUUAAAAAUAGAAGAAAAACGAAGUGGUUUUAUGGUCUGUGAACAAUAUUACUAAAACAAGGGAAGCUCUUAUUUUUUGGAGUACCUCUGUCUUUCUCUAUGUGUUCUUUUUCUAUAUAUUUUUUCCAGUUGACCCUUAACAUUGUGAAGUUACUAUUAUGUUGUAAAUGAAUGCUGUAAUAUUUUGCAGAGUAUGUGUGAGGUCUAUUCAAUAUUUUGCCUUAUUGUUAUAAUGUCCAGUAGUUUAAUUCCUUUCGUUAUUGUUGUUAAAGGACCACCGUGAUCCUUUACCAUAGUGAUACUGCUAUGAAUGUGAUUUAGUCCAAGUGAGAAAAUAAAUGCAACUGCAAUGCAACGUG